GGUCGCAGAGGGGCCUCCAAGCAGGGGGUGUCCAUCGUGCCCUUCUCUCACAGACUCCCCUGCCUUUCCUUAUCUGCCAGGUUUGACACCUGCUACGAAGAAGAAGCCACCCAGCAUGACAUCUACAGCGGCUCAGUGCAGCCUGUCCUGCGCUACCUGCUGGAGGGGCAGAACGCCAGCGUGCUGGCCUAUGGGCCCACAGGGGCUGGUAAGACGCACACCAUGCUGGGCAGCCCGGAACAGCCGGGGGUGAUCCCACGGGCACUGAGGGAUGUCCUGCAGAUGACACGCGAGGCAAGCUGCUCGCCUGAGGGGGAGGCGUGGGACUAUUCUGUCUCCAUGUCCUACCUGGAGAUCUACCAGGAGAAGGUACUGGAUCUGCUGGAGCCAUCUCAGCAGGACCUGCCCAUCAGGGAGGACCGAGCCCGGAACAUCCUCAUCCCGGCGAGCAACGCCAUCAACCCCUCCCUGCUCACGCUCAGCAAGGUGGUGGACGCCCUGGACCAGGGGCUGCCCCGGGUGCCUUACCGUGACAGCAAGCUCACCCGCCUGCUGCAGGACUCCCUGGGGGGCUCUGCCCACAGCGUGAUCAUCGCCAACGUGGCCCCGGAGCAGCACUUCUAUUUCGACACGCUCCGCACGCUGAACUUCGCCGCCAAGUCCAAGCAGGUGGUGAACCGGCCCUUCACCCAGGAGAGCCUGCCAGGCCCAGGUAAGACUGGCUCAGGCUGCUCUGUGGCCAGCCUGGCUUGGCGCUCUCUUCCCGCAGGGACACGCAAGAGGCCUCUGGAGGAGCCUGCAGCUGGUGGGGAGGGGGCGAGCCCUGAAGCCAAGAAACGUCUCGAGGAGCAGCCCCCUGAGGCUGAGCCGCUGAGCUCCCUUCUGCCCCUGGAGCAGCUGGACCCUGCACUGGUG